UACACCUGGACAGAUGGCGCUACGUGCACGUGCGCGUUCGACUCCAACAGGACGGAUUGCGGCUGCUGCAUCGACCACGACUCCGUCAACGUCGUCCAGUGUGGAGAGGUCAACCCUUUUCUGUGUGUGCCUGCUGACCGGCUGUGGCUCUGCUCCAGGUCCACUAAGGGAUUCACUAAACGGAGCUAUGUUAAUGGUGUCAGUGGGGAGAGCUACGAGUGUGACGCCAGUCAGAAAUACAGCCGCCAACCAAACUCCCAGACAUCGUGCUUCAAGCAGUCAGCUGACGGCUUCAGAGGAAUCCAUCCAAUCGUUGGUGUAAUAGUAGGGAAGGACUCAGCAACUCACACCCUGUAUGGAGUUUCCAGUACCGGAACUGCUCACAUUAUCAGCGAGGAUGCCGGGAAAUCGUGGUAUACGAUCCGAGAAAGUGUUUUCCUAAGAGCAACUUCUGCUGCCUCGUAUACAUCCGCCACUCUCACAUGAAUACUCCGUGUCAUAAAUCAUAAUUAAACCUUCAUUUUUGACACUUAUACACAAAGGACCUUUAAUUGGAUAAAAAAUGUCUCGAUUUUGUUUAAAAGACAAUAAAUUAACUCCAGCUUC